AUUUGUUGGAGAGUUUCAGUAAUUGUAGAGAUGCUCUGCAUAAGUUAUGACAGUGUACAAAGUGCAGCCAUUAAAAUAUUCAAAUAAGCGCAAUAAACUUAUUUUAUUACUAUGCUUCCCAGUAAUCGUCAUAAUCGCUUCAAAGCUGACUCAUUGAAACAGCACACUAAAGAACAAAGAUUUAAUCAGUCAGGUUACGUUAGAAAAUGGCACAAGACUUAUACAAGUGAACCAAAAAAAUCUCAUCCUAACAAUAUUUUAAGAAUCAACAUUUUAGAUUCUUAUUAUCAAAUCACAACUGAUAUACUUUAUUAUCUAUUCUGUCAAUAUGGAAAUGUACAACGAAUUGUCAUUUUUGUAACGAAUGGUGCAAUGAUUGAGUUUGAUUCUAUAGAAGGAGCUUCGCUUGCAAAAAAAUAUCUGAAUGGCUUUUGUCUUUUUUCUGGAUGUAAUAAAAUGCAAAUUGAGUUUGCCUGGACUUCAAAGCUUUUUGUGAAACAUAACGAUGUGCAAAAAUCGUGGGAUUAUUCAAAAACGCCUUACAAUCCCAAUUCUUCAUAUCAAACUCAGCGUAAUUAUCAAGAACAAGAUAUGAAUCAAAUCACAUAUGGAGCAAGUUUUCAAAAUUAUCAAAGUUCGCAAUCAUACUUUAAUACUCGAAAUAUUAAUGGAGAUUAUUCUAUAAGUCAUUUUAACCAAAAUUUGACUUCAUUUGCUAAAACGCCUUUGCAACAACCAAGCAUUGUUCUUGUUUCGGGUUUACCUGAAGAUGUAACAAAUCCUGACAUGCUCUUUAAUCUUUUAAGUCUUUACGGAAAUAUCUCGAGAAUUCAAUUCCUUUUCAAUCUUCAAGGUUCAGCCAUAGUUCAAAUGUUUGAUGCUGUCUCAGCUGAUAAUUGUAUAAAAUUUCUGAAUCACAUUAAUAUUGGAAUGAAUGGAGUCCUUCAAGUUUUUUGGUCAGAUCAACAUGUUUUUCCAUCAAACAAAAAUGCAUUCAUGUUGAGAGACGGUGUCUGGAGCUUCAAAGAUUUCGCAGAUUCGAAAAAUCAACGAUUCUUAAUUCCUCGCCCUAGCUAUUGGAUUCAACCUCCAUCAAAAAUCAUACGUUUUUACAACUUGCCACCAAAUUCAUCUGAAACUGAUAUUCUCGCAAUAUUCGCCAUGCAAAACGUUCCUGCCAUUAAGGGAAGGAGCACUCUGCAUAUGGCUUGUUCGAAUUCAAAACCAGAGAUUGUUGAGUUUCUGGUAAGAAGCGGUGCGAAUGUUGUACAAAAAGAUUUGGAAACUUCAUGGACACCAUUACACAGAGCAGUUCAAUAUAUUUCUUUUGAUUCGGCUGUAAUUCUUAAACGUUAUGGCGCAUCAUUCGAUUCAUUUGAUUUAGAUUUCACGACUCCACUUCAACUUUUGCCUUCAAUACCGGCAAAAGCAGUUGAAAAAGCUGUUUACGUUUGGGGAAGAAAUAAGAACUAUAAUCUUGGGUUUGGAAAUGCUUCAUCACGAACACAUCCUGAUACAUUAAAAGGAUUGCCACCUAUUGAAAAAGCAUCAGUGAAUAGAUUUCAUAGUUUAUUUCUGACAAGCUCUCGUAAACUUUUCGGUUGUGGCUACGGUAAAGAAGGACGACUUGGGACAGGAAGCGAAUCGAUCUUAACAGAUCCACAGGAAAUAAAUGUUAAAUUCAAUCACAAGAAUGAGAAAAUUGAGAAUGUGUAUGCUGGACUAACACAUUCAUUCAUUGUCACGAUGAAAUCAGUUUAUGGAACUGGAUCGAACAAAUAUUUUCAAUUAGGAUUGAAGAAUGUUGAAUCGACGCUUUCUUUCAUGGAAAUCCAUAUAGAAAAGGCCCACAACGACUUGAAAUGUUUAAAGUGCAUUAUAGCAAAUGAUUAUCAUACAGUGUUUGUUUCACAUUCAGCAGUUUUUGUUUGUGGUCUAAAUGUUGGUCAAUUUGGUGGAAUUCAAGAGUCAGUGCCAGUUCCAAGAGUACUGUCUCAUCCUGCCAUGUCUAAAAGCCAUGUUGAAUGGGUGGCAAGUAACAAUGCUUCUAUUUUUAUUUACACUCAUGGUGAUGCACGUUCUGUAAACAGCGGAUUCAAUCUUUGCAUAUUUUACAAUCGAAAAGUUAAGAUUUAUAGGAAUCCUUUAAAUGAAUAUCUCGUUCAAUGUUGUGUAAGUGGAGGUGAAAUGAUGUACAAUAGCGACGAAAUUGUAGCCAAUUCUAGUCAAAAACCUCUAACUGCAAUAGUAAUGACUGAAUAUAAAAAUCUCUACAUUUGGUAUGAAGACGUCAUGAAAUUUGUCAGAAUUCAUAUUUCAUCAAUGUUUGAAAGGCAAAUCACUUCGAUCAGUACGUGUGGUGAUGAUUUCCUCAUCAUAGCAAAAAAACAUCUUUUCCAAGCAACUUUGCAGCACAAAAUGAGUAAAAACUAUCAGAUUGAGUCCAAGGAUGUUGAAUUCACUCCGAGACGCGAUGUCGAAUAUUCUUUAUCAUCAAAAAUGUCAGUGAAAAGAAUUCAAUAUUUGUCAAAUGUUCUGAAAACUUAUUGUGAUGUUGAUGGCGAAAGUUUCAUGGCAAUUUUAGAGAAUGGAAAAGUUGAAGUUAAAGAUCGUCCAAAGGAAAAAUAUGAUUUCACUUCACUUCUUGAUUCUGAUCAUUAUAUUUAUAGUGGAAUAAUGGACGUGAUGUUUAAUGUGCAACAAGAAUCAUUUUAUGCAAAUCGUUUUGUUGUUUCAUCGCAAUGUGUUCAUUUGAAAAAUUUAAUUGAUCGGGAAAUUGUGAAUAAAGUUUGUACCAUCAAAGAUGAACGUUUGACUCCAGCAAUGUUUCGAUGUAUAUUGUUAUGGAUUUACAAAGCAGAUCUGAACGAGCAGGACUUGACAGAUGUGUUCAUAAACCAAAAAGAUUCAAAACGUUUCGAAAUUGCUGUGAAUAACUUUUAUGACAUUGCAGUCGAAUGGAAUCUCAAAAGCGUCGUCGCAUCACUAAUUAAAUUUAAAACAUUCAACAAAAUUCUGAAACAACCUGAAAGUGUUAACAAUGUAACGACAUUUAAAUGGUUUUCCAUGGAAAAUCUUCCCGAACUUUACGAUGUCACAAUUUUACUCAACGAUAAUCAAAUCAUAAAAGCACAUAAAGUUGUUCUCAUGAUGCGCAUCGAAUACUUUAAAAUGAUGUUCGCUCAUAGUUGGAGUGAAGGAAGUUCCAUUGACUUACGACACAUUUCCAUUAACUUUAUGAAGCCAAUCAUCCAGUUCGCUUAUGACAAUAACGUUGAUAUGAUAAUGAAAGCAAAUUUCACAGACAACUUCAUGUUCAACAUGUGCACAAUUCUUGAUCAAUAUUUGAUAGAAAAUGUGAAGAAUAUUUUCGAGACAAUGCUAAUGAAGAAAGUGAAUUUAAGAAAUUGUGUUGAGAAUUUGGAGUUUAGCUACACUUUCAAUUGUCUCUUAUUACGAGAACAUUGUCACGAGUUUAUAUGUUUGAAUCUCUCAAGAUUAUUAGAAUCAAACAUUUUUGACAAUAUCGAUUUGAAUAUAAUGAAGGAAUUAAAUUUAUAUUAUCGAAAAUACUUUAAACUGGAAACAGAAUCAUGCCACAUAAUAACACCAGCGUUUGAUGCUCCGAGUGAAGAAGAAAUUGAUAAAGUUGUUGGUGACUUUGAUCUUUCAUCUUAUUGCGAUGCCAUGGAGCAAACAUUAAAUAAACCUCAAAAGACGAGAAAGAAAAUGACAAAAUCAGAGAUAUUGAAACGAAAUUAUGAAAAGGAAGGAAUGAAGAACAUGAGAGAUGAAGAAGUUUUUGAAAUCGCUUCACCAACAUCUCCUGAACUCAAUAAUAGUUUCAAUAACGACAAAACUAACGAACAUGACGAUGAUUGUAGUAAUAAUUGGCAGAAAAAGAAAAAGGAAAGGAAAAAUAGUGGAAAAUCCAGAGUUUUGACUGCUGCCAAAGUAAAUGAAAUCUUGAAGAACGAUGAAGUCGUUCAAGAUGAUAACAUGAUGGUGGAGUUGAAAAGCUUCAGAAAGUCAUUGAGUGAAGAACCUUCAGAACCAUUGAGGAAUUCCAUUACACUCGCUGAUUUUGGGAUUAAAACAAAGAAAAAAGUUGUUGAAGUGUCACCGAAAGUUGAAACAACUUCUAUUGAAGUUGAAAAAGCAAAAUCAGCAUGGAACAUGGAUAAUGUUGAUCUUCAUCCAAUCAACAUUCAAAAUCCAUCAGAUCCAUUUAAUCUUUCUUCAACAAAAAAAGGAUCUUCUUCUAAAAAGUCACCCAAAGUAGUAAACAAACCAUUAAUUGAAAGGAACUUUACUUCAAUUAUUCGUGACGAGUACAAAGACAAAUCAAAUUAUGAAAAGAUUAAAUCGAAAUCUUUGAUUUUAACACAAAUAGAAGAGCAAGCAAUCAUGGAAUUAUCAGAAUUUUAUAACAUUGAAAACAUAUUCGAUGAAAAUAUAACAAUACGACGAAAGGUUCAAAGCUCAGCUCGUAAUUUAUCACAGUGGCAACAUUAA